AUGGAGCCCGCGGCGAUGGACCGUAUCGCCACCCGCCUCUCCGCCGUCGAGGGCCUCUACUUCCCGUCCUCCUUCCUCGGCCCGUCCCCCACCGGCACCGGGGCCGCACCCUCUCCCCUUCCCCCUCCCUCCCCGCCGCGGCGCAGGGCGGAGCUCCGCUCCCUCCUCGCCCGCGACGCGCCGCUCUUCCUGGAGCGGUACGGCGCGGCGCUGUCCACCGACGAGCUCGCCGCCUUCGACGCGCUCAGCCCGGACUACGAGAUCGACUGGCACCUCCGCCGCCUGCGCGCCGCCGCCGCGGGGGCCCCGCCGCCCGCGUCGCGGGUGCGGAACCGGCGCCGCGCGUUCCUCGACCGCCUCGUCCGCGAGGGGGAGUACUUCUCCGAGGACGCCAUGCGGGAGCGGGAGCCCUACCUGCACCACGAGUACCUCGGGAGGUUCCAGGACCCGCUCGGCAGGGCCAUGGCACGGCCCGGGGAGAGGUGGUCCGAGACGCUCAUGCGCCGUGCGGAGGAGGCGGUCAUCGUGGAGAAGAUCCGCGGGGAGCAGAUUAGGAGAGGGGUCGAUCCCAGCGAGUGGGUGGGUGCUGGCACUGAGGAAGCCAUGGAGGAGCAGGAAGAAGAAGAAGAAGAGGAGGAGGAAGAAGAAGAAGAGGACGACGAAGAAGGGAUGAAGGAAAAGGGGACAGAGGUCGAGAGGCCCAUUGCGACUGAGGUCGUUGCAAAUGAGGCUGCACCAAUGGAGUCCAACAAUGGGGGAGGCUCUGCUGCAACCACUUCCAACCAGACGUUAUCUUUUGAAGAAAUGCAGGAUCAGCUGGAGCAAUUCACAUAUGUGAUGCAACAAAAGUUCCUGUCCGGUGAAGACACUGAACAUAUGGACUAUUCUCAGAUCGAUAACGAUGAGAUGCUGGAUGACCAUUGGUCCAGAGAAGCCAACUAUGAUGCAGAGGAAAAGUAUUUUGAAGAAGAUUAG